CGGGACUCGGUUGCGCCAAUCGGAGCGGUCUCGCCUAGCCGGGCAAGGUCUCGCGUGAUCUGGGUCAGGGCCGCUGCCGCCGCGAGGGAAGAUGCUCCGAGUAUUUGCGCCGCGUCGAGGCCUAGCGUGGGCGGGGGUCCGCCAUCUGCAGCGAUUUCAGAGCACCCUUGUACUAGCAGAGCACAAUAAUGAGAAGCUGACCCCAAUUACCCUCAAUGCCAUUACAGCUGCUAAGCAGCUGGGUGGAGAUGUAACCUGCUUGGUUGCUGGAACAGACUGUAGCAAGGUGGUUCAAGAGGUCAGCAAAGUGCAGGGGGUAAAGAAGAUUUUAGUGGCACAGAAUGAUGUAUUCAAAGGUUUGCUACCAGAGGAACUGACACCCCUGGUUCUGGCUACACAAAAACAAUUUAAAUUCACACACAUAUGUGCAGGGGCCUCUGCCUUUGGAAAGAAUCUUGUACCUAGAAUAGCUGCUAAGCUUGAUGUUGCUGCCAUCUCUGAUAUCAUUGAAAUUAAAUCUUCCGACACAUUUGUCAGAACCAUCUAUGCAGGAAAUGCUGUGUGCACAGUGAAGUCUAGCGAUGAGGUGAAAGUGUUCUCUGUGCGAGGUACAGCUUUUGAAGCUGCUUCUACAAAUGGAGGAGAAGCACAUUCGGAGGAAGUUCAAGCCCCACCUGCAGCUGGAUUGUCUAAAUGGGUGGGACAAAGUCUGUCUAAAAGUGAUCGUCCAGAACUAACUAGUGCCAAAAUUGUUAUAUCUGGGGGCCGUGGAUUGAAAAGUGGAGACAACUUCAAGUUAUUGUAUGACUUGGCUGAUAAGUUACAUGCUGCUGUUGGUGCUUCUCGAGCUGCGGUGGACGCAGGAUUUGUGCCCAAUGAUUUGCAAGUCGGACAGACUGGGAAGAUUGUGGCACCUGAGCUCUAUAUCGCUGUUGGGAUUUCAGGAGCAAUUCAGCACCUAGCAGGAAUGAAGGAUAGCAAGACCAUUGUAGCCAUUAACAAGGAUCCAGAGGCUCCCAUCUUCCAGGUGGCAGACUAUGGGCUGGUGGCAGAUCUCUUCAAGGCUGUCCCAGAGAUGACUGCUCUUCUGGAUAAGUAAUUCUAAGGCUUUACAGUUAGGUCAAAUGGAUACCAGAUCGUGAAUUGGACCUGUACAACGUGCAUAUGAUGUGCUGACAAUGCAUCUAUCAAUACUGAACAUUACUUUGAUGCACAUGGUGUCCAUCUCUAUCAAUGCAAUCAACUGAUUCCACUUGAUUUACUUUAUAACCCAUUAGAUUAAGGUUACAGAAUUGGAAUACUACCUGUUUUUGCACCAUUCCAAGAAAUCGGUGCCCACAUCCUCUAACCCUGGAUCCUGUCAAACAUACUUUGGUGAUAAUUCUUGAGUAUGCCUGAAACUGUUAUCUUCCUUUUAGAGUAAACUCAGCAUCUUCCUAACAAACUGUGGCAACAAUUUAAGAAUACCAGGAAAUUUUCGGGUUGCUUUCAAGGACAUUUAGAGCAAGAGCAUUAAUUUUCAUUUGAGAACACAAGCAUUUAAGGGUAUAUCUUGGGUCUGGUAUUCUUAUCUCAUUGAUAACACUAAGGGGAAAGGCUCUGAUUAUUGAAGGCUAUUUCACUGCCCUGGCCACAAGAGCAAGUUGUCCCAUCACAAUUCAGAAGUCCUAUAGAGAGUACCAUAAAUAGUAUUGCACUGCAGGAAAACACAGCAGCUCAGCUUAACCUCCAUGUCACACCAGUUAUUGGGUUACUGUGGAAGGUUACUGUAAAUGGAAGGAAAACAAUUGCAGAAAAGUGCAGAAUAGCCAAGAGCCAAGACGGCUCUGUUGGGAAAAGUUUGAGAUUUGGUAAUGCAACGGCACAGUUGAGCUGCAGGGUUUCUGGAAGGAACUGCAGAAGGAACGAGAAGGAAACCAAGUAAUUGUUUGAUUGUUAAAUAAUUUAAGAAAAAAUUAUCCUUUGCAAUUUUUAUGGUAACCAGCCAAAUACUAUUUGGAAAUAAACUGUAUGGCUACUCUUGUG